CUUUGAAUGAUGGUGUUAAGGGCUAGUAGGGGAUGAUUGGUGGCCCCUCUGUUAGCAUUAAAGAUCACACCCAUUGUUCCAGUGCUCUGUCACGAUAUAUACUUCUAUGUGUACGGUAAUCAUGCAGUGGAAUACAUCUGGAAAGUAUUCACAGCGCUUCAUUUUGUUAUAUUACAGCCAUAUUCCGGAAUGGAUUUAAUUACCUUUUACACACAAUUUUUUCAAAUUUAUAAAAGAAAAUAUCUAUAUAUAACCGGUACGUGAGUAUUCACAUUCCUUGCUUAAUACUCGUUGAAGCAGCAAUUACAGUCUCAUGUAGUCUUGACUAUGCUGCUAAAAGCUUGUUUCUCCCAUCCUUCUUAGCAGAACCUCUCAAGUUCCAUCAGUUUGGAUGAGGAGCUCGAUGUGCAGCCAGAGCUGUUUAAUUGGGUUCAAGUCAGGGCUGUGGCUGGGCCUCUCAAUGACAUUCAGAGUUGUCCCGAAGCCACUCGUCUGUUGUCUUGGCUGUGCGCUUCGGGUCGCUGUAGCCUGAGUUCCAGAGCGCUCUGGAGCGGGUGUUCAUUGAGGAUGUCUUUGUAAAUUUAUUCAUCUUUCCCUCAAUCGUGACAACUCUUAAGUUCCUCCCUCUGACACACAUCCCCACAGACGGAUGCCGCCCCCACCGUGCUUCACUGUAGGGAUGGUAUUGGCCAGGUGACAAACAGUGAUUGGUCAUUAGAUGAGUUAAUGUAAUGUAAACUUAACUUCCAUUUCCGGAUGAUUGAGGCCACUGUGGGCAUUAAGACAUUUAAUGCUGCAACAAUUUUUGCAAUGGUUUGUAGAAACCUCUCAAGGAUGAUCAGUGGGAACAGGAUGCACCUGAGCUCAAGUUUUGAGUGUCGUGGAAAAGGCUGUGAAUACAAAAAUUGCAUUUCUACAUUCCUUAUGUACAUGUUAUAUCUUCGUUCUUUAUUUUAAAUAUUUUUGCAAAGAAUUCUUAAAAAUUGCAGGGGGAAUUUAAUACAUUUUGGAAUAAGGCUUUACCAUAACGAAAUGUGUAGGAGGUGAAGCGCUGUUAAUACUUUCCGGAUGCACAUUACUCUUGAAGAAUAACGGUUCUGACUAGCAGUCAUCCCCCACACACACCCCCCACACCCCCAAUGUCAUAGUCGUCCCUCGCUAUGGCCAACCACGUGUUGCAGCAGGUUCACAGUGCACAGGUGGAGAAACCCGGAAGAGACCGUGUCACACCGCCGGGAAGGAUGGCGCUGCUGAGGGCGGGGACUCCGUUGUUGCACCUUCAGAGGAACCGUCUCAAUACUGUCUCCAUCCAAACACUUGGAGUGAGAUUAAAACAAACGUGUCCAAUUCAAGUGAGCCAUCUCGAUCAUUUGGUUCUUACAGUGAAAAGUGUACCAGACACCAUCAACUUCUAUUCCUCUGUCCUUGGCAUGGAGGUCGUCACUUUCAAGGGAACCCGCAAGGCCCUGACAUUUGGGCAGCAGAAGUUUAACCUUCACCAGCUGGGUCAGGAGUUUGAGCCCAAAGCCAAACAUCCAACUCCAGGUUCUGCAGAUCUGUGCCUCAUCACCAGCACCCCCCUGGCUACCGUAGCUGCACAUCUGAAGGUUUGUGGUGUGCAGAUCGAGGAGGGCCCAGUGGAAAGGACCGGAGCAGUGGGAAACAUCGCCUCUCUUUACUUUAGAGAUCCAGACCACAAUCUCAUUGAAGUGUCAAACUAUAACCAGUCAACAUUACAGGAAACUUCUUAAGUGUCCUGAGGUCAGUGUUAACCCCAAAUAAAUAUACUUUUCCCUGUUGCCUGGUACUUAUGACCCCAUAACGCUCUUAGGGCCCUGUCAAAAAAAUGCCAUCAGUCUCACCGCUGGUGCUGAUGGGCUCAUCUUUAAUUAUUAGUCCUUGUUGGUCGAUAGAAACUGACGGGUUCAAAGAUUGGAAUGAUUCUUCAAUUACUUCCCAUUUAUUGUCAAACUGCACGUGUUCUCCUGCUACAUUUUGAACACGCAGGGCUGAUUUAAGAAUAUUCUUCUGUUUUCUCUGUUGGAAGCACCAAUACUGGCGAGUUUCAUUCAAUUGAAAGACACUAACAACUGCGGACAUCCACUUGGUUUUGAAUGAUUAACUGGCUGGGGUUUACCUAGUAAGGGGUAAUUUGCUUUACUUUGCAAACACACUAUUACUUUCUUUUACGCACAUGUUCACACCAGGAUUUAUUUGUUCUCGGAAAAUACAGUUCGUUGUAUUUCCUCAUACAGCUUGUGUUGAAAUUAAAGUUUAGUGAGCACA